CAUCUUCAAAAAAUAAAAAAUCCAAUUCUGGCGGUCGGCCUCGAGCUGAAGUAUGGGAUUCCUAUAUUAUUGAUGCAAAAAAUGAGAAAUAUUCUUUUAUUCGAUGCAAAUAUUAUUCUAGGUAUUUGCAAAGAAAUCGGUUUAUGGAGAUCAAGGAAAUCGCCUUACAAUUAAAUAAAUCUUGGAAAGAACUUGAAUAUUAUGGGAAAGAUUUAACUGAAGAAGAAUUAUGGACAAUUCCACAGAUCUUACAUUGUCUUUCUUUAAUUUCAAUAACGCGGAAACAUUGUGAAAACUUUAAACCGCAAUCUAAACCUACAUCAAGCAAAGGUCGCGGAAAUAUGGCAUCGAAUAUUGUUUAUGAGGUCUUAGGACUUGAGGACGAUAAUAAUUAG